CCAGACGCUCUCAGGUCAGUUUCCUAAAGACAGUAGAUGAUGUUGGUUCUCCCUGUAACGUGUCUCCUGCUCUGUGUCUCUGUACACACGGCUCACAACGAGAGUGUAAGUGAGAACGAGUCCAUACAGAUGACUUCAACAAGACCAAACUACACCGCAGUGACUCAGAAUGAACAUGGAGCUCUUCAACACAACAUGACCAAGACCAGUGUAGGAAAUGAGAGUGUAAGUAAGAACGACUCCACACAGAUGACUCCAACAAGAUCAACCACCACCGCAGUGACUCAGCAUGAACAUAAAACUCCUCAACACAACAUGACCAAGACCAGUGUAGGAAAUGUUGAAGGAUCUUCAGCUAUAAUUACAAGUUAUAAUAUUGAUGUGUGUGAAGGUGGAACAGUGUAUCUAAACUGUACGCUCCCUAAACAGCGCUGGGCUUUUAAACCCAGCAGCGAAUCACAGAAAGUCUUCAUCUCUACACGCUUCAAGAACGGAACGGUCAUAAAGGAACGUCCAGAUCCAGACUCACGCUUCACUCACACUUUAAACCAUCUACAGAUCCUCAACAUACAGCAGAUGGAUUCGGGGACCUACUUCUGCAGUGGCAAAGACAUCGCUGUUGUUUCUGUCUCAUCAGAGAGCAACACAAUGCAGUGUCCUGUUACAGAGAGUGUAAGUAAGAACGACUCCACACAGAUGACUCCAACAAGAUCAACCACCACCGCAGUGACUCAGCAUGAACAUAAAACUCCUCAACACAACAUGACCAAGACCAGUGUAGGAAAUGUUGAAGGAUCUUCAGCUAUAAUUACAGGUUAUAAUAUUGAUGUGUGUGAAGGUGGAACAGUGUAUCUAAAGUGUACACUCCCUAAACAACGCUGGGCUUUUAAACCCAGCAGCGAAUCAAAGAAAGUCUUCAUCUCUACACGCUUCAAGAACGGAACGGUCAUAAAGGAACGUCCAGAUCCAGACUCACGCUUCACUCACACUUUAAACCAUCUACAGAUCCUCAACAUACAGCAGAUGGAUUCGGGGACCUACUUCUGCAGUGGCAAAGACAUCGCUGUUGUUUCUGUCUCUUCAGAGAGCAACACAAUGCAGUGUCCUGUUACAGCAGAAACAACAGAAUCAGGAAAUAACAUCCCUCAGAAGUCUGCAAACGUGGUUCUGAUUGUCGUCCUCUCCGUGUGUGUGUUAGCUGUGGUUACAGUCGUCCUGCUCUCUGUGAUUGUGUGUCUAAAGUUCAGCGGCAGAAAAAGACUCACAGCCUCCAAACCAGAGGAAAGUGUGUUGCAUCACCAGAAUACAGUCGAUGCUGACAGGGUGAGGCUUCAGUCAGCAGAUCGAUUGAGGAGCUACAAUGAUGAGAUCCACUAUGCAUCACUGGGGCAGAACUGGAGAGCUCGAGGCUGUAAUCAGCAAAGCAGGCAGCAGGUCAUUUACUCCACACUGCUGCUGACUCCUAAACACACACCUACACACACACCAUAAAACGGAGAACACACGCACACACACACACACACACACACACACACACACACACACACACACACACACACACACACACA